GAGAUUCCCUAUAUAGUCCUGGAACUCUGUUCCUCCUGCAGCCCAGAGACCAGAGGCCUCAAUUUCUUCUUCAUGAUUCUGGCCUCAGGACAAAGAAGUAGACCCCGGGAUGGGGUGAGCCUGGGGUGGUGGACCGAUGUGGAGUUCUUGACUCGGGCCUAGAGGUGCUAGCACCCCUCUCAAAGACUGGACUCUUCUUCCAACCACCGGCAAACCCCUCCCCAAAUCUCCUAAAGGCCCUCGACAUUAAUCGCUGUGGUUGACUCUGCGCCUGCCUUGGCCUUGCUAAAGAGGCUUUUGUCCCCUUAAUUGGCUACCUCCGAGAGCUUUUCUCUGCCUGCGCACCCACGCGCCCCUGUUUUAUAUCCUAGGCCCAACUAUGUGUUAAUUGGGCACAUAGGAGAUGCGUAGCGCCCUUUCCACCCUGCCCCCGCCUUACUAUAACAGCCCCUCACCUGCAGACAUCGGAGUCCAGCAUCUGCGGUGGGACAGGCAGAGCGGGAGGCUCACCCUAUCUGCCAGGGUAGCUUCUCAUUCUAAAGUACCAGACUUGAGUCCGGAUGCUCCUCCUGUCGCGUCCCGGUUUGGGGGUUUGAUUUCUGAUCUGCGUUGUGACUGCAGAGCAACCGGCCAUGCACCCUGGAUUCCCUGCGGCCCCUGGGCUCUCUGAACCAGGGCCCCGAGAGUUGUGCGCUUUUGUGAGCGGGGCUUCAGCCCACAUCCUGCGAGCCCUGCAGCCCAGGCGUACCCGGCCCCCCAAGCGCAAGCCCAACCACCGGAGGUUUCUACACAACCAGAUCUGCAGGCAGUUUGCCAAGAUUGAAGCGGCCACCCAGCACCUGGCCCUGUCCAUCCUGUCUCAAAAAGCACCUCCUCAGAGACCACCACCCAGAAGACCACCUCCACCGCCUCCAUCCCCCUUCCUGGGGGUGGCCUGUGCUGAGGCCCCUGUGGAAGAGCCCCAUGACGACGGCCCCAGCCUAAGUCUAGCUGCUCUGGACACCUCGACCCUUGACCUCUUUGAUGACAUUCUGCUCACUCCUGCAUGUCCCCUGGUGGCUACUGAAGCCUUCUGCCAGACACCCCAAGAGGCGUCUGAACUCAUCUCUCGUGCUCCAGGCCCAGGAAACCAGAGAGACCCAGCCCCAGUGCAGGCUCCAAGGUUCUCCAAUCCUUUGCCCCCUCCCCAGAAUGCCCACGGGGGAAGUCCGGAGCCUACAGCUCUAGGCUGGGGUUGGGUGGACAGUUGGGAGGCACCUUGUGCCUGGGAUCCUAGAGGAAUUCUGGAUGGCUGGGGGACCCUUUGAAACCUAUUCGAGACACAGGCCCAAACCAAUCUCCCCUCUUGACAGACCUGAGAUGUACAACUCAGCUGGUAGACUGUGUGCCCGAUGUGCACGCAGCCCGGGGUUCCAGCCCAGAACCCACAAACCUGUAAAACAAACCAAUCCCAGACACUCACUGGGUACCACCAGGAGCUCUGCUCCCAGGCCCAGGGCCCCUCUGUCCACUCCCUGCCUAUGAAUUUUCCUUUCUCCUUUCCCUCCCCCACUCGUCUCUCCCUGGUGUCUGCUCUCACUCUCU